AUGGCUUUUCUUCUAUCCAACCUCAAACCCUCUCUGCUACCCCAAACCAAAUCAAAACCCAUUUCCCAAACGCUUUCAUCAGCAAAAGGAACCACUUCUCAGAGUACUUCCUUGUUUUUCACCUCAUGUGGUACUCCGCUUUCCACCCUCCUAAGUUCCACUGCACAGGUUGCUCUGGGGAGCACACCAACAACAGGUGCUAAAGACGAGCAUCAGCAGCAAAAGGAUGAGUUUUAUCUCAAUCUUGGCGUGGCUGUGCGGACCCUCCGUGAGGACAUGCCCUUGAUCUUCGUCAAAGACCUUAAUUAUGACAUUUACAGGGAUGAUAUAACAUUCAAAGACCCUUUGAAUACAUUUACUGGUAUUGAAAAGUACAAAUUGAUCUUCUGGGCAUUGAGGUUUCAUGGUAAAAUUUUGUUCCGUGAGAUUGCACUGGACGUGUAUAGAAUAUGGCAGCCUUCAGAGAAUGUGAUACUGAUUAGGUGGAACCUGAGGGGUGUGCCUCGGGUUCCAUGGGAGGCUAAAGGGGAAUUUCAAGGCACUUCACGGUACAAAUUGGACAGAAAUGGGAAAAUUUACGAACACAAAGUUGAUAAUUUAGCAUUCAAUUUUCCACAGACCCUCAAACCAGUUUCAGUUUUGGAUUUGGUCACUGCCUGUCCUGCAAGUCCAAAUCUAACAUUUUCAUGGGGACCUAUGGAUUCCAACUCUUCAUGGAUAGAGUUUUAUGAAUCUGUUAAAGAUACAUUGGAUCAAGAAGAGGGGUUGCUGCCACAAGAUUGCAUGGCUACAUGUUCAUGGUGA